AUGACUGAGACAUGUUCAACACUGGAAAAUAACUUUGAUGACAUCAAGCACACAACUUUGAGUGAAAGGGGUGCUUUGAGAGAAGCAGCCAGAUGUCUGAAAUGCGCAGAUGCCCCUUGCCAGAAAAGCUGCCCAACACAACUGGACAUCAAGUACUUCAUCACCAGUAUUGCCAACAAAAACUACUAUGGAGCUGCCAAGGCUAUCCUGUCAGACAACCCACUGGGUUUAAGUUGUGGCAUGGUGUGUCCAACCAGUGACUUGUGUGUGGGUGGAUGCAACCUGUACGCUUCUGAAGAGGGACCCAUCAAUAUUGGGGGCUUGCAGCAGUUUGCUGUGGAGGUGUUCAAGGACAUGAAGAUUCCCCAGAUCAGAGACCCCAGCCUUCCAGCCUUGGAACAGUUACCAAGCAGUUAUCAUGAGAAGAUUGCUCUGAUUGGAUGUGGCCCUGCAAGUAUCAGCUGUGCUACUUUCUUAGCCAGGAUGGGAUACUCUGCUAUUACCAUCUUUGAGAAACAGAAAUAUAUCGGUGGAUUAAGCUCCUCUGAGAUUCCUCAGUAUCGCCUGCCUUAUGAAGUGAUUGAUUUUGAAAUUCAACUCAUGAGGGACCUAGGUGUUAAGGUAUUAUAG